AUGCUCUCCGCUUGGCACACAUUUUGUAUCUACCUCUUCUAUGGUAUCCCGUCAUUCGUCCUCUAUAUCCUAACUUUCUAUAUCAUACUCCGCUACCGUAAGACCUUUGACUCAUCCUUCUUCCAACUCUACUUAUUCGAUGGCGCCUUGAACCUAUUCACGUUUCUCAAUAAUUAUUUCAAAACUCGAAUCCCGGCAAUCACUGGAUACAACAGCUUCAUUGGUGCAUUCUAUAGAAUCAUUGCUAACACAUUCCUGCUAGACUUCACAAUGUUGAUGAAUUUCCACAUGGCGUAUGUCCAGUAUGCAAUUACCACUCUGGUUUCGUUGAAUCGUUUGUCUGUUAUGCUCAAGUACAACACUUUUGAGCCGCCCAUCGACAAAAUAUUCUCCGUUCUCAUCCCCUUUAUGGUUAUCUCCACUGUCUUCUCCAUUGUCAUCAACAUCUUUAGCGUCACAAUAGUCCGGAACCUUGCCAGCCAAGUCCGCUACAAAGCAGAAUCCAACUUCAUCAUCAUCGCAUGUAUCACUUGUCUCGUCCAACUCUGCGGCGCUGUGUCAAGUUUUAUCAGAAUUCAAUAUAUCGGCUCCCCAAUCGCUGUGACGUUAGCAACGUAUAUCCCGUUUAUUAGUGACGGGUUGAGUCUGGUGCAACCCUGGCUGCUUUUGGCAUUCAGUCAUGUUAUUCGGAAUAAGAUCAUUGAAACCAUUGGUCGAAAGAAACAAAAUAAAAGUUCAGUUGUUAUUCCGAGGUCUACAACUUUCAACUGA